ACCCUCCCCUCCCCCUCCCCCCUGCUUUGACCCUCCACAUUGAUGGUUGUGUUGGGACCGGGCGCCGGCGACAAUGGGCCUCUGCACCUCCUCCAGCUCUGCCCGGACCACCGAUCCCGCCGGUGACGGCGGCGGCGCGGCGGCCGCGGGGGCGAAGGAGGGGAAGAAGGGCAGGGGAAUCGUGGCGUGCGGGAAGCGGACAGACUUCGGCUACCACAAGGACUUCGAGGCACGGUACGCGCUGGGGAAGCUGCUGGGUCACGGCCAGUUCGGGUACACCUUCGCGGCCGUCGACCGCGGCUCCGGCGAGCGUGUCGCUGUCAAGCGCAUCGAUAAGAACAAGAUGGUCCUUCCUGUUGCCGUUGAAGACGUAAAGCGAGAAGUUAAAAUAUUGAAGGCCUUACAAGGGCAUGAAAAUGUUGUACAUUUUUACAAUGCAUUUGAAGAUGAUAAUUAUGUGUAUAUUGUUAUGGAAUUAUGUGAGGGUGGUGAGUUACUUGAUCGGAUAUUAGCCAAGAAAGAUAGCCGUUAUAGUGAGAAAGAUGCCGCUGUAAUUGUCCGACAGAUGCUUAAGGUUGCAGCUGAGUGCCACCUGCAUGGUUUGGUUCAUCGGGACAUGAAACCUGAGAACUUCCUAUUCAAAUCAACAAAGGAGGACUCAUCCCUUAAGGCUACAGAUUUUGGUCUUUCAGACUUCAUAAGACCAGGGAAGCAAUUCCGUGACAUUGUCGGAAGUGCCUACUAUGUAGCACCAGAAGUACUCAAGCGUAAGUCAGGGCCAGAAUCUGAUGUUUGGAGUAUUGGCGUUAUAACCUAUAUUUUGUUGUGCGGAAGACGGCCUUUCUGGGACAAAACUGAAGAUGGAAUAUUUAAAGAGGUCUUGAAGAACAAGCCAGAUUUUCGCCGCAAGCCUUGGCCAAACAUUACUCCAAGUGCAAAAGAUUUUGUACAGAAGUUAUUAGUUAAGGAUCCUCGUGCAAGACUAACUGCUGCGCAGGCGUUAUCACAUGAGUGGGUGAGAGAAGGAGGACAGGCAUCUGAAAUACCUCUGGAUAUAUCAGUAUUGCAUAAUAUGCGUCAAUUCGUGAAAUACAGUCGUUUCAAGCAAUUUGCUUUGAGGGCAUUAGCAUCUACACUAAAUGCAGAAGAGCUGUCUGAUCUUCGUGAUCAGUUCAAUGCCAUUGACAUUGACAAGAAUGGAACAAUAAGUCUGGAAGAAUUGAAGCAGGCUCUUGCAAAAGAUAUUCCAUGGAGAUUAAAGGGUCCUCGUGUUUUAGAGAUUGUUCAGGCGAUUGACAGCAAUACGGAUGGGUUAGUUGAUUUUGAAGAGUUUGUGGCUGCGACACUACAUGUGCAUCAGCUGGUGGAACACGAUACUGGGAAGUGGCAAUCAUUGUCUCAAGCUGCAUUUGAUAAAUUUGAUGUCGACGGAGAUGGCUAUAUCACAUCUGAUGAACUGAGAAUGCAUACAGGACUGAAGGGCUCUAUUGACCCCCUCCUGGAGGAGGCUGACAUUGACAAAGAUGGCAAAAUAAGCCUAGAUGAAUUUCGCAGGCUCUUGAAAACUGCAAGCAUGAGUGCGCGCAAUGUACAAACUCCAAGGGGCGUUCGCAAUUCAUAGUGGGUUAGUUUUCGUAGUUCACAUAACUGAACAAAGGCCAGCGAACGAUGAGAUGUUUUUCAUCGGCGCAUGUAAUAGAGAACUGUUGCCAGAAAGGCUUCUUGAUGUAAAUUGUACCAGUGUAGAUGAAUGCAGUCUGUAGAUUUUUCCACCAAAAUAAACAAUUAUCUUGCUGUGUAGGGGUGCACAGCACAUCUUGUUAAUCUGACUUAUUUUUCCUUUUACUUUUUUCUUUUUA